AUGACGGGAUCGACGCUGAGCGAUUCGUCGGACAUUGAGUACUACACGAACAUCACGCUGGGAGGCCAGUCAUUCAAAGUGCUCAUUGACACGGGCAGCUCGGAUUUGUGGGUAGCAGGCAAUGUCCCCGGGGCGCAGGGCACGGGCAAGACUGCUUCCAUCAAUUACGCCAUUGGAGCAGCCAACGGAGCUGUUAUGACUGCCAAUCUAGAUUUCGAUGGAUAUACGGUCGACAACCAGGCAUUCAUCAGUGUAUCAACAGAUGCGGCACACCCGGCAGGCCAGGGUAUUCUAGGUCUCGGUCCCAACAGCGGAUCCGAAGUUUUUCAACAAUUCAAUAGCGAGGCAGGGGAUGCUACGCUGGACAGGAUCUUCCGCCAGAAUACUUCCACACCCAACUACAUCACUAUCCUUCUCGGUCGUACUUUUGACACCGAUGUCACAUUUCCUGGGGAGAUCACAGUGGGACACGUAGUAUCACAGUAUCAAAAUAUCACCUCGCAGCCAAAGCUGUCUGUCGCAAGGGAUCAAGACUCAGACAAUCAGCACUACCAGGUUCUGGUUGACAAAAAUGGCAUCAUUGGACCGGACGGCAAUCCCAUCCAGGCACAGUCCGUGGUGCAAGGCUUGGACCAGUUGAUCGCCGUACUCGACUCAGGCUUCUCAUUACCUCAAGUUCCUGCUGCAGUCUCGAACGCUAUCUACUCGCGCGUCCCGGGCGCGAACUUUACGAACAUGAAGAAUGUCGGAAAUGUGUGGACACUCCCCUGCGACGUGGAACUCAACGUAACCUUCAAGUUUGAGGGCGUGUCUUUCCCGAUCAACCCUUUGGACACGAACCUGGGAACGCUAACGACAAAAGACGCGAAUGGUGAUACGGUUUGUGCUGGCGCAUUCCAACCUAUCACGAGUGCAGCGUCUCCCGAUUACGACAUGAUCUUGGGCAUGGCAUUCUUGCGUAACGCAUACAUGCUGGUGGAUCUCGGCGACUUUGUCGACGGCUCGACCUCACAGACGGCUGCUCCUUACGUACAACUACUCCCGCUCACUACGCAAGCAGAAGGACACGCGGACUUCGUCCGCGAACGUCUCGGUGGCGUCGACAACACGUCCGCGUUCCACUUGCUGCCUGCAGUUCCCAAUACUAACAACGCAGGUACCAGCAGCGAGUCGUUUGCGGAUAAGGUGAAGCCGUAUGUGCCGUACAUCAUUGCUGGCUCCGUGACGGUCGGCAUCCUCCUGAUCGUCGCGUUUGCAUACUGCCUGUCGAACAGGCGGCGGAGACCAUACCAGCGUCUGCACGAGCCUGCCCCUGUCGGACUGCACCACGAGCAGCCUCCGUUCCCGCGUUACGAACGCCCACACCGUCGCUACUGA